AAUUCAAAGUAGUAGUAGGGAAACUCGACUGCUCAUUCUUCAGGCCAGACAUAGAAGAGAAUAAUGUACAAAAUAAUAACAAAAAGGUGAGAGUGUGUGAGAGAGAGAUGGCAAAUCCAAGAAGGACAUCAUUUUCCCCUUCGGGUAACCACAACCACCCCCAACUCCCAAUCUCCACCGCCACAAACCCAUUUCAGAAUCAGAGCCAAAUCUCAACAUUGAUGAACUCUCUCAAAUCUUUCCUAAAGAAACCCCAUGCUUUCCCUUUUCUCCUUUCUCUCUUCCUUUUCCUCACGUGGGUUUCCCUGAGAUUCCAACGUACUUCUACCCCUCAGAGAGAAGAGUGGCAUGCCAAGGUGGUUCAAUCUGCUGGAGAGUCGUUUCAAGAAGAUGAAAAAGCUAAUCUUGUGAGGUUUCCAGCUUCCUCUGCUUCUAUUGCCAAAGACAAACGUGGAUGGUUGCUCAACCCCAUUUCCCUAGCUCUUGAUUCUGCCAUUUCAGGUGGGGCAGCAAGUUGUGCUUCAGUUCAUUUGGGUGAGAUCAGAUCUGGUGGUCUUAGAGGCAACCACAGACACCACACAUGCAAUGAGACAUUUGUUAUUUGGGGAGCUAAGACAGUAUUCCGGUUUAUCUGUAGGGAAACAUAUUUUUCAGUUGCACAUAAUCCAGAAACAUGAAGAAAUUUGAAAUGUUGGUGUUACAUAAAUGAAUUUGAUUCCAUUGUAGUCCCUGCAACGCGAUGUAUUUACCUGGGGUAGAAGAGAUAAGUAUCUUGCUUAUAAUUGCUUUUGGAUGAACUGUGCAAUGAUUAGGAAAUGAAUUUAGUACAAAUGUGUCAAACAAACUGUCUGCUCCGCAGGCUCUUCAGGAAUCUUACAUUUUAGAUGCUGUCACUAGUCCAGUGUAUUUUUGUAGUUUUCCCAUGUUUUCAAGUAAAGGAAACACUGUCAGACCUUGCACAUUACUUUGUAUGCCAAAGUUACACUCGUGGAAGUGACUUAUUCUGAUGGGGUGUAUUUCUUGAAGUCAACCCUAAGCCAUAAUCAAGCUUUCUUUCAAGUUCUUCAAGAUCUUCGUAGUCUAGCAAAAACUUGCUCAAGUUUAUUUGUUCCCAGUAAGCCAUAAUCAUUUGCUUUUUGUAAUUACAUUUUUCAGUACCUAAGAUACAUUUUGAAGACCAUGAGUGUGGGUGAUUGGUUUUAUGUCUCUAAUCCUUCCCACCCUCUUUUCUAUUUCCUUCAUCCAAUUUUUGGGGUUCUCUAUAUUUAUAGUCUCUCUUUACUCACCAUUGAAGCAAGCAUUCUGCUCAUGCUUUGGAAGUGUUCAAUGUGUCAAUUUUUGCAGCUAGCUCCUCUAAAACUUCCAAAGCAUGAUUUGCUGCUUAUUCAUUAUUUCUGAAUCAAAUGAAAGGGAAAUGAAGAUUAAAUAAACAAUUAUAGCUACUUUUCAAAAGAAAAACCAACUAUAGCUAUUAAAUCAUCUCAUCUAUUACUAUUACAUUUCCCAUAGAAUUGUCCUUUUGAAUGAGUAAUCAUGUUUUCCUUUAGAAUUGUUUUUUUGAAUGAGUAGUCAUGCUUUCCUUUCCUUUCUUAUGGGUUAGGGUUGCAAGUUGGUUAUAUAUACCCCUCCUUCUCUUGAUUCGCUAACUCUU